CUUACUUCACCUGGAAUGGAACAUUCUACAAACAAGUUGAAGCGUGCCGUGCGUCAGGUGACUAUGACGAGCGAAGUGGAGCAAUACAAGCGGCUGGUGAGGAGCUGCUUGGAUGACAUCAAGAAACUCGACAACAAGCUGGACAUGACCACGUUCAACCCUCCUAUGCAGAAGCUCCGUGUCCUUAAUCUGCAGCUCUUGAAGCUACCCAAGAGCAUAAGCGAGGAGGUGGCAGAUGUGAUGGCGCAGCAGGGAGCAGCUGGCCAAGCUCUUGGCCGAAGUGCUCACAUCGACAUCGGACAAAGACUCCCCGGCACCAGAAUUGUACCUCACACUCAUCGAAACAACUGUGAGCGUUCUGAUGAGCUACACAGACAAGAGCCCAGCGUUUGGCCUUGCUCUGGGUCAGUGUGGCAUCGUCAAGUAUCUCCUGGACAUCAUGAAGCACCAGCCACUGUGGGAGCGCAGCAAGACCAAUUCGAUUGCACGCACUCUGAUGGUGGUCACAAUCUGCCUGCUGGCGAACCUCUGCCGCGUUCCGCAGAACCGCGCCUGCUUCCGGCAGACCAACGCUGUUCCCGUGAUGCAGGAGCUGCUCAGGAACGACCGGGCGAACAUCAGGAUAUCUUCUCUGAACGUCAUCGCCCUUGUGCUUGAGGACAGCGACCUCGACCCCCUUGGAGAGACGGACACCAUUAACGAGUUGCUCAAGACCAUUGGUAGGCCCAACAUGUUCGGCCGAUACAAGAGGGUGGACGAGGUAAUUUACCUGGCCGAGGAGCUGCUGGAGGCGCUGGCCAUGCUGUCCGUGUGCUGGCCCGUGCGCAGGAAGAUCUAUGAGGCGGGGGCCGUGGUUCCACUGGUCCAGAGCCUCAGGGAGGGACGAGCCAGGGAGAAGCUGCACGCGGUGAUGACACUGAACAGACUCAGUCGGGACCCUGGCACCUGCUCACAGAUGAGACAGGAGGGGCAGCUCCACUGCCCUAUAUGGAGCACGAACCAGAACCAGCUGAGAGAGACAGGGACCGGAUCCUGGGCAAGCGCCGUGUUCCGCAUCGUCAAGGGGUUCAUCUCGUGCUGCUCCUCCUCCAGAGCCAAUGAGGUGCAGGCUCGGCUGGCAGGUAACAGUAUAACCUAG